CGCCGAUGUUGUGUUGUGGCCCGUCAGCUUAUCGAGGAGUCAGUAGGACUACGGGGAGGAGAAGCGAUCUUACCUAGUUUAUGACAUAAAGAUGGAGGUGGAUCAGCUGCUGUCUUUAUCAGGUUCAGCCUUGGCUCAAGCGAUCAGUUCUCUGCUGGAGACUCCAGGGCUUUAUGUUUUCUCAGACAUACUGGAGCUGCCCAACGUCCGAGAGUUGGAGACAGGCCCUCAUGCUCCCGUCUAUCAGCUCCUCAAUCUCUUCGCUUACGGAACCUACUCCGACUACAAAGAGAGAGCGGCCUCUCUCCCUGAGCUCACGCCGUCCCAGAAGAAUAAGCUCCGCCACCUGUCUAUCAUCAGUCUGGCCUCCAACCUUAAGUGUCUGCCGUACUCCCUGCUGCUGCAGCAGUUGGAGCUGAAGAAUGUGCGGGAGCUGGAGGAUUUGCUCAUCGAGGCCAUUUACUGCGACAUCAUCCAUGGCAAGCUGGACCAGCGGAACCAGCAGGUGGAGGUGGACUUCAGCGUGGGCCGUGACCUGGGCCCCAACGAGCUGCCCAACAUAGCCAACACACUGCAGGAGUGGUGUGCAGGCUGUGAGGCGGUGCUGUGUGGAAUUGAGGAGCAGGUGUCCAGAGCUAAUCAGUACAGAGAGAGCCAACUGAAGGUCAAAGUUCAGGUGGAGACAGAGGUGUCAAACCUACAGAAAACCCUGAAAGCAAGCUCCGCGUCACCAUCCUCCGGCCCCGCUCCGGGUGGAGCGGCAUCCAAUCAAGAUGUAGAUCAACCCGCAGAGCCACGAGACCCUGCAUCCUCUCAGGAACCACGGCAACCAGGGAAAAAGAGCUCCAAAGUCAAAGGGCUUCGUGGCAGCGGGAAGAUCUGGUCAAAGUCUAACUGAGCACGACAGCACUGAGAGAUUGCACUGAGGUUGACCUCCUGACAGAUUCACUCACUGACCAGGACACUUUAUCAGACUGGAUCCGCGCAGGCAGAAGGACUAGAGCAGAUUUCAGCUUUCAACCAGGCUGCACAGGCUUCAUGUAACCGCAGAUGCAGAAAAGACUCCGAUUAAAGGCUCUGUGUGUGCGCGCACGCGUGUGUGUGUGUGUGUGUGUGUGUGUCUGUGAGAGAGAGAGAGCGAGCGAGCGAGCGAGAGUAAACACUGCGCACAGUUGUAUGUGUGUAUGCUUGUGUUGUAAAUGUUUUAACUCGAUCCGUAUCCAUUCUCCUUCCUAGGGUGUGUUGAUUUUUUGUUGAUCCAUAAUCAGGAUGUAAAUUGAUAAAGGAAUAAACAUUUUCCACCUA